AGGGAAAGAGGAACGGAGAGAGGAUGAGUGAGAAAGAGGGUGGGACGGAUGGGUGUGAAAGUGGGUGUGAGGGAGUUGGGUGGAGUGAGAAAAAGAGAAAAAGAGGAGAAUGGAGAAAAAAAGAUGGAGGGAGCAUAGAGGAAAGAAAGAGAAAGCGACGAUAA